GACAUUGAUGAAACAUUAUCAGAAAGGUUGAUGGGACUGACAGAAAUGUUUCCUGAGGGAGUUAGAAAAACUUGUGGAUCAGCCGUUAGUUUGAGUUUCAGUCUGGCUAAAACAAGUUUCACGCUAGGGCGAGGCUUAUUGUGGGUGCUGGCGUCGUCUGCUACAAUUCUAAUUCUCCCGGUCAUGUUUGAAUCGGAAAUGGCUCAGAUGAAAGAACAGGAGCUUCAACAACAAAGACAGAUGUUAUUGGGACCCAAUGCUGCCGUGUCAGGGUCACAGCUACCCCCAGGGAUGGCUGGUAUGCCACCAGGAAUGGGAGGUAUGCCCCCACCCCCAUCUUAA